AAUAGUACACUAAUGCCCUUCAUUUGUGGGCAAGGGGGGCAGUCUAUUUUGCCUUGAUUUGUGCUCAUGACAAAGCUAAAUGUUUAUAAUUGUGCUUGAAUUAUACUUUUCCAUUCCCAAUUAAGUCGCAUGAAAUGGCUUUUGAAUGAUUGCCAUUUGACUAUUUCCAAACUUCUACCAAUCAAAUGUCCCGUCACGUUUUACCACAAAGUUUCUGGCUCCUAUUUGCGAGUCUCGCCAUUAAAUUGUGGCACUCACUGCAUGUGAACCGUACACCCUGGUCUGCAUGCAGACGUUAUUGAAAACUGACGUUUGUAUCGAAAAGCAUUCCAGAAAGAUUUUAUUGUUUUGAUUUAAGAUUAGUGUUUUAAAAAAAAUUACCUCCUUGUAUUGACUGUAAAAUGUUGGGCGUUCUGCGUUUCAAUCAUGUGAAGCACUUCGUGUGAGAAGUGACUAACUGUGGUGCUGUAACUAAAAUGGACACGCGAGUGUGGUCCUUCCUGUUAAAAUGAGUUACUGUAUUUUCCGUUGCGGAUAACAGGAAUUUGUUCAUUCAACCAUUAAACGGUCAAGCAAUUCAAACUAAUUCUCCAACCCACCAAUGAGAACAGGACAUCAGAACGCGUCGUCCAAUGGUAAGCCACCACACGAGCAGUGGGCGGGACCAGAUGUCGAACGUCCAAGAUGAUGUGAAUGAGUAAACCAAACAAUGCACGCCUUGCCUUGUGCCUCACGAAAUCAUUGCUACAGAAUUUAUCCUGAACAGAAACAUCGAUACGGUACGUCUUUUAGUAUUUCACGAGAGAAAUAUAUCGUUCAUUAUAUCAUCGUCAGUAAAAACUCGUCUCCGUCAACGCCGAAGCUUCGUUGACUCUCGUAGCUUAGCCUAGCUAAGUUUAGCUUGCUCGUCGCUAACGAAGAGACGCGUUUCUUUUGAGCGCGUGGCUAAGCCGAGAGCACGCACAUUUUCAAAGUGUUGUGAUUAUCGCCUCAAAAUGUGUGCGAAAAGCACGAAAGAAGAAGAGUAUGAGGAAGAAUUUUGCGGAACAAAAGUCGACCACGAACGUCAAGGCCCGGAUGCUGUUUUCAAAAAGCCCCAGGAUGAAUCACACAGAAAAGACAUCAGUAAAGAAUAUCUUCAUCCUGAGCAGCAGGAUCUGGAACCCCACAUCAUUCAAGACCUCGAGCGGGGAGUUAAAAUGACCAAAUUUCCAUUGACUGCCAAUAAGAGUGAAAAUGAAGAUGAGAAAGGUGAUGUCGACCGCUGUGAAGGCUCACAAGCAGACAACCUCUUGGCACCACUAUCGGAGAGUGAUGAUAUCAUGUCACGCUCUUCUGACACUGAUGAUGGAAAUGAUGAUGAAGAUGAACACUCGAAAGGUCGUUUGACAAGUCGCGCUAACAACAAGAACGCGAAAUGUUCCCAGUGUGACAAACUGUUUUUCAACAUGUCAUCAUUGAAAAGACACACAAGAACGCACACUGGAGAGAGACCCUUUGCCUGCCCAGUUUGUGGCAAAACUUUCUCGUUAAACGGACAUUUAAUAACACACACAAGAACACACACUGGGGAGAAACCUUUUGCAUGCUCCUUAUGCAAUCUUGGAUUCGCUCAGAAAGUUACUUUAACAAAUCACAUGAGAACCCACACUGGAGAGAAACCUUUUGCAUGUUCAAUGUGUGGUCAAAGAUUCUCUGGAAAGAGACAUUUAAUCGCACACACACGAAGACACACUGGAGAGAAACCUUUUGUCUGCUCAAUUUGUGGUAAAACAUUCUCUGUCAGUGGACAUUUAAGAACGCACACAAGAACACACACGGGGGAAAAACCUUUUGCUUGUGAAGUAUGCGGACUGAGAUUCGCUCAGAAGAUUAGUUUGACAAAUCACACAAGAACACACACCGGCGAGAAGCCUUUUGCCUGCUCCUAUUGUGAGAAAAGAUUUGCAACAAAGGGACAUUUAAGAACACAUGAAAGAACACACACUGGAGAGAAACCUUUUGCCUGCUUACUUUGUGGGAAAGGAUUCUCUACAAGCGGACAUUUAAGAAUUCACACAAGAACACACACUGGAGAGAAACCUUUUGAAUGCUCAGUUUGCAGUUUGAGUUUCCGUGAUCACUCAGGGUUGGCGAAACACAUGAGAUCGCACACUGAAUCGCGGGAAAUGUGUGACAGACGUGUGAAAGAAGAGAACGCGGAGGUACUUUGUGGACAGAAAGAGGCGGACAGCGAACGACAACGCCAACCACUGGACUCUGUUUCCGAGAAGCCUUACCGUGCAGACAUCAGUGAUGUCGACCGUCCUCUUGACCAGCCAAAAACCCCUCACGUAAAGGUGGAAGAGCAAGAGGCAGACAUCACAAAGUUUCCACUGACCCCUGUCGCUGUGAAGAGUGAAGAAAGUGAUGAAGACAACUCUGAAGACUCUCAACCAGACAGCCUUUUCGCUCCGCUGUCAGAUAGUGACGACUUGACAUCACACUCUUCUAACACCGAUGAUGGUGAACGCUCGAAAGGUGACUGGACAUGUCGUGCUCGCAAGAAACGCUCAGAAUGUUCUCAGUGUGGGAAGACUUUUGUUGCAAAGUGGGGUUUAAUAAUUCACAUGAGAAAGCAUACAGGCGAAAAACCUUUUGUCUGCUCAAUUUGUGGUAAAGGCUUUGUUGUAAAGAAUAGCUUAAUAAGUCACUCAAGAACACACACUGGAGAGAAACCUUUUGGCUGUUUUGUUUGUGGUAAGAAAUAUUCUGAAAAAGGACAUUUAAGAACACAUUCACGAAAGCACACUGGCGAGAGACCUUUUGUAUGCUCACUUUGUGGUAAAAGCUUCUCUGUGAAGAGUUGUUUAUUAAGGCACACCAGAACACACACUGGCGAGAAACCUUUUGUCUGCUCAGUUUGUGGUAAACGAUUCCAAGUGAAGGGAAGUUUGACAAGGCACACGCGAACGCACACCGGCGAGAAACCUUUUGCCUGCUCAGUUUGCGGGAAAAAAUUCUCUGUCAAAGGCAAUUUAACAGUCCACAUAAGAACACACACUGGCGAGAAACCUUUUGCCUGCUCAGUUUGCGGGAAAGAAUUCUAUGUAAAAUGCAAUUUAACAUCACACAUAAGAAGUAAAAUUAAUAUAAAGCAUUUUCCUUGCUCAGUCUGAAAUUUAAGUUUCAUUUAUAGAGGACUUUCAAACAGCCAUCGCUGCACACAAAGUGCUGUACAUGGAGCAACUAACAUUUAUUGUAAAGCAACAAAUCAGUAACAAAGACCAUAGAAAGCACCCAACAGCAAAACGAAGAAGAAAUCUGAGUCAUGCUGAGUCAAAUGCCAAAGAAUACAAGUGAGUUUUGAGGCGGGUUUUAAAGAUGGGCAGCGAGGAGGCUUGCCAAAUGUUCAAUAAACCAAUCUCUUGUCAUUGUGAGACAAACAAGUGUACUGAUGGCAAGAGGAGCAGGAAAUUACAUUUCAAAUAAAUUGUAAAGAAACUUGAACUCUUGUUAGUACCGUAUUUUCCACAUUAAAAGGCACACUG